AUGUUUCCUUCGCUGACCUUCUCUGGAGCAACCAUCAUCUGCCCAGACGAUCUGAUCGCCACAGUCGCCGCUCUGACACUGGCAAUCCGUGUCAUUGGUGGCAGUGUCGGCUAUUCCGUUUACUACAAUGUCUUCGUCAGCAAAUUCGUACCGAAAGCCAUGGCACACAUCGGGGGCUACAUGAAUUCUAUUGGAAUCACCAACGAGACUGUCAUCGGCGAAGCAAUCCAGCUGACUGCGGAUUCGUUGAUCGAGCGUAUAGCAGAGUUGCCUGGGGUAGCUGGCGUGCCUGGCGCUCACGAAGCCAUUGUUCAUGCUGGCCAAGUGGCAUACGCCGAGGCGUACGUCUACGUUUACUACGUUAGUAUCGCAUUCGGCACCAAUUCGAUCGUAGCGGCUUGCUUCCUUGGUGACAUAGGGAAGUAUAUGACCGACGAUGUUGCCGUGGUUAUGUGA